CUUUUUUUACUGUGCGUAAUACCCUAGCCAGAUACCACUUGUCAAACAGCCUGCGACGUAGGAUCCCGAUGGAAUAGCCCGUGGCGCAUAUCACCAGUCACGCUCGACAAGACAGUCAAGCACGCGACCACUUUCCACACUGAGCCAUUUUAUCGUCACAUUCAUCCUCGUUGCAGCGCUCCCACUCAGCAGCUGGGCUGUGUCGAGCCAGCCGGUCAGCCGCUUCAAGAUGCAGCGGUGUAACUGUGACGGCAGGCGAAAAUCGCCUAUCAUUUCUCUACAAUCAGACAAACAACGGUUGCCGUGAUCUUUCCGGUAUCCCCCACCCGUCUCCGUACCAAUCACCUGUCACGGCGAAAGACAUGAUGGCACGUCAGCCGGGCUGUGCUCCUGUGUGCGAUAAAUCAUGCUGUACAAGAAUGCAGUCUGAUAGCAAGGGUUUCUGAAAUAACGAUUUGUUUGGUCAGUGUUGGUAUUGGUGCCGAUGACUGGGCUCCUUUAACAUGCCGCGAUUCCCCUGCUGAACCACCGCGAGAUCUCGAGAGAAAAAGCAGGCUUUCUUUAUUACACUGUAUUUCAUCCCAAAAAAAAUGUUGCCAAAAGCUGUCCUGUAUCUUUCUCUUUUAUUUCCUGUCGCUCUUGCAGGUGACGAUUUCAGCUUACAAUGGGCAAUCUGCGAUCACAGCCCCCAACACACGCUGCAAAAGCUGGGCAUCGACCCUUCAACACCGCCAUACAAGGAAAACCCCAUUACAUAUUACGAUGAGUUACCGCCCGUAUAUAUUCACUCAGGGGUCAUGUUUCGGACGAAAACGCAUGGCGGCGAACCGUUGUCCACCAUCAAAGUUCGCUUCGGCCAGGAUACAGCCUCAGCACCGAGCAACGGAAACUGCACAUGGGCGCAAUAUGGACAGAAUGAACCGGCAUAUACCUGUGAGACGCGCGCCUGGCUAGACAGAUCCGAACCAAACCAUUUAUGGCACGACGAGCAGGUUGAAUUUGUGCAGCGGUAUAAACAAGUUGACUGGGAUGCGUUGGUACCCUAUGGUCCGUAUGCGAAUGCCAAGUGGAAAUUGAAGAUAGCGGGACACAAGGUCACCUUUGACGAUGUAGCCGCUGGCAAUCUUCACUUGAUGGAAAUUGAGGUAAAUGUUGACAAGUCUCACGCCCACAAAGUGCAAAAGGCCAUUACGAAGCGCUUGAAGAAGGCCGGUGUUGUGUUGUGCAAGCCGCAGCAGGGCAAAACAAUGCGUCUCUUCGAAGAUUUGGGUUAUUUAGAUGACAUGGCUAUGGAGCUAUAAGUUGUUUUUCUAUACUGAAUGAAGAAUUUGUUGUACUGGUUAGUUUCUGGGAAUAUCCAUUUAGGCCACUAACAACUACUAUGAAAUCAUCCAUACCCUAUGCCCUCGUCCGCCUUUAAGGAUAGUCAAGCGGUCACAGCAAAAUUAUUUCCAGAAUAUUUAUUAGUUACAGUUUGCUUAAAACAAUAUGCAACAUCUGGUAGACACAG